AUGGCGUUGUUGCCAGAUCUAGGGACCGAGAUCUUGAUUCCGGUGUGCGCUGUCAUCGGAAUCGUUUUCUCUCUAGUUCAAUGGAUGCUUGUCGCUCGCGUGAAGCUCUCCCCGGAGCGAAACGCCUCCAGCAAUUACAGUAAGAAUGGAUACAAUGAUUCCUUGAUUGAGGAAGAGGAAGGCAUCAACGAAGACAACGUCGUCGGCAAGUGCGCCGAAAUUCAGAACGCCAUCUCUGAGGGUGCAACUUCUUUCUUAUUUACGGAGUACCAGUAUGUUGGAGUUUUCAUGGUUGCUUUUGCAAUCAUUAUCUUCCUUUUCCUGGGCUCUGUGGAAGGCUUCAGUUUAAAGAGCCAGCCCUGCACAUACAGCCCCGAAAAGCUGUGCAAGCCAGCCCUUGCAACUGCUGUCUUUAGCACUGUAUCCUUUUUGCUUGGUGCCGUCACAUCAGUUGUUUCUGGUUUCCUUGGCAUGAAAAUUGCAACAUAUGCCAAUGCUCGGACAACCCUGGAAGCUAGAAAAGGUGUUGGGAAAGCUUUUAUUGUAGCAUUCCGAUCUGGAGCAGUUAUGGGGUUCCUCCUAGCUGCCAAUGGUCUGUUGGUGCUAUUUAUUACAAUCAAUCUCUUCAAGCUGUACUAUGGGGAUGAUUGGGAAGGCCUUUUUGAGUCCAUCACCGGUUAUGGUCUUGGUGGAUCAUCCAUGGCUCUCUUUGGAAGAGUUGGUGGAGGCAUAUACACCAAAGCAGCUGAUGUUGGCGCUGAUCUUGUAGGAAAGGUUGAGAGAAAUAUUCCUGAAGAUGACCCCAGAAAUCCUGCUGUGAUUGCUGACAACGUCGGUGACAAUGUCGGUGACAUUGCUGGGAUGGGCUCUGAUCUCUUUGGAUCAUAUGCAGAAUCUUCCUGUGCUGCUCUUGUCGUGGCAUCUAUUUCAUCUUUUGGAAUCAAUCAUGAUCUUACUGGAAUGCUUUAUCCCUUGCUUAUUAGUUCCAUUGGAAUUCUUGUGUGUUUGAUUACAACGCUUUUUGCCACUGAUUUCUUCGAAAUUAAGGCUGUCAAGGAGAUUGAACCAGCUUUGAAAAGGCAACUUAUCAUAUCCACUGCACUUAUGACGGUUGGAAUUGCGAUUGUUACCUGGACAUGUUUGCCAUCAUCAUUUACAAUUUUCAAUUUUGGUGCUCAAAAGGCUGUGAGCAACUGGCAACUGUUCUUGUGUGUUGCUGUUGGUCUCUGGGCUGGGCUUAUCAUAGGUUUUGUGACCGAGUACUACACCAGCAAUGCAUACAGCCCUGUGCAAGACGUGGCUGAUUCCUGCAGAACUGGAGCUGCUACAAAUGUUAUUUUUGGCCUUGCCUUGGGUUAUAAAUCAGUCAUCAUCCCAAUUUUUGCUAUCGCAGUUUGUAUUUAUGUCAGUUUCUCAUUUGCUGCAAUGUAUGGCAUUGCAUUAGCUGCCUUGGGUAUGUUGAGCACCAUUGCUACAGGGUUAGCCAUUGAUGCUUAUGGACCCAUCAGUGACAAUGCUGGAGGUAUUGCUGAGAUGGCUGGAAUGAGCCACAGAAUCCGCGAGAGAACUGAUGCUCUUGAUGCUGCUGGAAACACCACAGCUGCUAUUGGAAAGGGGUUUGCCAUUGGAUCUGCUGCCCUUGUAUCUUUGGCGCUCUUUGGUGCCUUUGUCAGUCGUGCUGGAAUUUCAAAAGUUGAUGUCUUGAGCCCUAAAGUCUUCAUUGGCUUAAUUGUUGGUGCCAUGCUCCCCUACUGGUUCUCUGCCAUGACAAUGAAGAGUGUUGGAAGUGCAGCUCUCAAGAUGGUUGAGGAAGUCCGCAGACAAUUUAAUACUAUUCCUGGUCUCAUGGAGGGCACAGCAAAGCCUGACUAUGCUACAUGUGUUAAGAUCUCUACUGAUGCUUCUAUUAAGGAAAUGAUCCCUCCUGGUGCACUCGUCAUGCUUACACCAUUGAUUGUUGGUACUCUUUUUGGCGUUGAGACCCUCUCAGGAGUUCUUGCCGGUGCUCUUGUUUCUGGUGUCCAGAUAGCAAUAUCGGCAUCAAACACUGGUGGUGCAUGGGACAAUGCCAAGAAAUAUAUUGAGGCUGGUGCUUCUGAGCAUGCAAGAAGCCUUGGUCCCAAGGGAUCCGACCCACACAAAGCAGCUGUUAUUGGGGAUACCAUUGGAGACCCACUGAAGGACACUUCUGGGCCAUCACUCAACAUCCUCAUCAAGCUGAUGGCUGUCGAGUCCCUUGUUUUUGCUCCUUUCUUUGCCACUCACGGUGGCCUCCUCUUCAAGAUAUGA